AUGGGCGUUGCCAGGCUGUCGGUCUUGGCCGUCAUGGCGGCGUGCUGGGCCCUCGGGCGGGCGGUGAACGACGGCGCAGAGGAGACAACCGGGAAAUUGGUUCCUGACGGCCAGCCAUCAAACAUCACGGGAUCUUACAAAGGUAGCUGGAACGCCAUCUUUGGGAGUUCUGAAUUGAACAAAAAUUCCAAGUUUCUAAACGGGAAAGAAGGCGAUGCCAUUUUGGAGUUGAAAAUUGGGCCAUCUGGGAAGACAUCAGGAAACUUUGGAGUGUGGGGUGUUCAGGGCGACGUUCUCCUGCGUGAUGGGACGCAUGUCACAGACAGCGAUGUGAGAUUCAAAGUUGAGGGUGCAUAUGUGAGGGACUCGGGGCGCUUGCAUGCAGUACUGCAGCCUGCACACCUCCUGUCAAUGAAGUUCACAGAAGAGGAGGUCAGAGAUGGAGGCCCGGACUACAGGGAGGCACUCUUGCGGGCUGCUAGAAGAUGGUCCAUGAAGCCCACCCCCCUUGUUGCAUACGGCACGCCAAUUGAUGACCAAAUCGGGUUGUCCAAGGCAUGCUCAUUCAUGCUGGACCUGAACGUCUCCAUAGGUAAGGCUGAGGGAGGAACAGGCAAGGAGAUGGGGUCAGAUGAGGAUGGCACCAGGUCCAAGAGUGACAAGCCAAGCCUUCAGCUGCAGGGCUCCAUCAGCAGCAAGAAUUGCAAUGUGUCUCUGUCAGUGACCGCAGCAACAGUGCACAUGGAAGCCUACUUUGCAAAGGCGCUGCAUUACACGCUGGCAACCACUGUGGUGACCUUUCUUCAGAUACUACUCCUCAUCAAACAAAUCGAGGCAACAUCCACCCCGUCCACAGCAAUGCGGGUGUCGCUGCUGACAGUCAGCCAUCAAACAACCAUGGAUGCAUACCUGUGCCUUCUUCACUUGACAGCAGGCAUCGUGUUGGAUCCGCUCUUCAACACCUUUGCAAUGGUGUCCUUCUUCGAGUUCAUUCUCUUUGCCAUUUUCGAGAUGCGGUACAUGCUUCUGGUGUGGCGAGCACAGAGGGGCAACAGCCUGGACCCUUUUGACAUGAGGAGGGAGCUCUCCAUGUUGUACACACGCUUCUACGGGGCCCUGCUCCUGGGUGUCCUGCUGGCGUACAAAUUGCAGCAGUUCAUGAACGUGCUCGUAUUUGGUCUGUAUUCGUUCUGGAUACCGCAAAUCGUGCACUGCAUCAGGAAGGGCAUAAGACAGCCGCUGACACCGCUGUACGUCGUGGGGACGUCUCUAACGAGGGCCUUGCUGCCAAUGUACAUCUACGGAUGCCCCAAGAACCUCCUCCACAUCACCGCAUCUCCCCCCAUGUGCAUCGCCAUCGGCACCUACAUGGGCCUUCAAGUGUGCACCCUCCUCCUGCAGUACUAUUAUGGCCCCACCUGUUUCAUCCCCAGGCGCUUCCUGCCCGACAAGCACGACUACUUCCGCGCCCUGACCAGCGAAGAGCUGCAGGCGCUGGCGACGAGCCCGCGGCAGGUGGCUGAGGAGGGCGGCGAGGGGCUGAUGGAGUGCGUGAUAUGCAUGAGCGCCCUGGACGUCCGGCGGCCCAGGUCCAGAAUGGUGGCCCCCUGCGGCCACUUCUUUCACUCGCAGUGCCUGCAGCGGUGGAUGGACGUCAAGAUGGAGUGCCCCACAUGCAGGCAGCCGUUGCCCCCGCUGUGA